AUGGCAAUAAUAGAGCAACAAAAGGCUGAUGAACAAAUGAUGCAUUUGGCCGAAGAACACAAGAAAGAAAAGGAGAAACUUCACAUGAAAAUUCAUGACCUGGAGAGAGAACUUGAUGCAAAACAUGGAUUGGAAUUGGAAAUUGAACAGCUGAGAGGAGCUCUCCAAGUAAUGAACCACACUGGAGAGACUGAUCUGGAAGAGAAGGAAAAACUGGAGGCAAUCAAAAUGCAUCUGCAAGAAAAGGAAGAGGAAUUGGAAAUCGUGGAAGAUCUUAAACAAAUGCUGGUUAUUUGGGUGCGCAAAAUUAAUGACGAGUUGCAAGAUGCCCGCAAAAAGUUAAUAAGUUGGAUUUGCUGCUGCCCAGAGGCUCGAGCCACAAUUUCAGUGAAAAGGAUAGGCGAACUUCCUGUUAAGCCGUUUUUGGAAGCAGCUAAGAGAAAGUUUUCUGAUGAUGUGCAUGUGAAAGCAAUGGAGUGGUGCUCACAGUGGAAUGAACAUAUUAGGGAUCGCAACUUGCUUCCUUUCAAAAUUGAAAUUUUAGACGAAGAAGAUGAAAAGAUGAGAAGUUUGAAGGAUGAGUUUGGAGAUGAGGUGCAUGAUGCAGUAGCUACAGCUCUAAAGGAGACAAAUGAGUACAAUCCUAGUGGUAGGUACUCAAUACCGGAACUCGGGAAUCAUAAAGAAGGAAGGAAGGCUUCAUUGAAGGAGGGUGUUUCCGAUUUAAUAAAGCAAUGGAAGCGAUCAAGAUCAAAUCAGCGAAGGAGAAUUUGA